CCCGACUCCGAUGGGCCAGACAACCUCACACCCAAGCGCCUCCGUCCCUCCGUCUGCCUCAUGUCCUAUAGACCACAAAGCUCUUUCCGUUGCCUCCGCAUCUGGUUGUCCUGUCCCCCAUAACUCGCCGUCUGCCAAACUAGCUCAGUGUCCCAUCGACCAUGAAUCCAUCAACGCACGGAACCAGAUGCCCAAUCUUUCGCAAGAAGCCACCAGCUCCCAGGCUCUUGCUCUGCCUACCGCCCGUGUUGUAUCGUCUAUUCCCAGAGACGACGACAGCAAGUGGGAAUACCCUUCGCCGCAACAAUUCUAUAACGCCAUCGCUCGGAAGGGGAACGAUACACCGGAGGAGUUGGCUCAUGUCGAGACAAUGGUGGACAUCCACAAUUUCUUGAACGAGCAGGCUUGGCAAGAGGUGCUGAAGUGGGAGAAACGAGCGUACCCACACGAAGAUGUCCAGCUCGCGCGUUUCAAGGGCCGCCCCGGCGAAAUAUCACCCAAGGCCCGGGUAUGGAUGUUUGCGGGUUGGCUAAUGCCUUCACUAUUCAACUCUGAGCCCCCAUUUGAUCGCCACGACUGGGUAGUCAAACGACCACGUACCGGGAGGAGGUUCGUUAUGUCAUCGACUACUACUCUGCCGACCCAGAGCGGGACGGCUCCCCGGUGUUCUCCCUGGAUGUGCGCCCUGCGCUCGACAGCGUGGGCAGCAUCAAGGAGCGCAUACUGGUGGCCACCGAAGACGCCUGGUCAAAUUUUAGAGAAAACAAACGCCCAUGACAUCACACGUAGUUUAUUUUCGUGGCACAUAAUUCAGUGCUUCUAGAUCAUACUGUUAGCAUCUCCCUCCACUCCCAUUGUAUGUAGGACUUCCGAAAUCCCAGCUAGUUCGUUCCUCUUGUUUUUGUCUCACAGAAGCUCUGUGACGCCUAUCACGGUCACAUUUCUUUACGCGUCCUCGUACAUUUUCUUUCAAUUUUCUUCGGCUCUAUGAACGCUUCCGCUCAUUCUCAUUCGACGACUGAUCCAUCCCAACCGAGUCGCAAACGCCAAAGAAGCCGUUCUAUGCUUUCAGAUACCUCCUCGAGCUCGGUCAAGCGUUCCGUCUCUGAUGGCCCAUCGCUGGACGGUGAAGGUCUUUCCAGCAUCUCAGCGUCAGACGAUGGUGCAGAUACCGACGCAUACAUGACGGAACUGGGUCAGGAUACGUACCGCCUCGCACCUGCAACUCAGGCGCGCACACCCAAUCAUCUAUCGGUGCCACCCACAGAGAAGAUCACAUCUGUUGAGACAGCCAAGUCGGUGAAGCUGCAGGUCGGAGAGACGUGGUAUCUGGUGGAUAGAAACUGGUGGAAGCGUUGGAGAAAGGCGUGCGCGGGCGUCGUAGACAAAGAUGGAGCCGUCACCGAGGAAGAGCUGGAAGGGGUCGACAACUCUUCCAUCGUUGAUGCGAACGGAAGCCUGCGGCCCUCUCUUUCCGAGACUGUUGACUAUGAACUGGUUCCACCCUCGGUCUGGGCCGAUUUCGAGUUCUGGUAUGGUGUGCCCAAGUGGCCACUGCCCCGCAAGGUCAUUUCACGCGGAGUAUCGAAGGAGGCGGUUGUUGAGCUAUAUCCACUUCGGGUCUACGUUCUGCGGAUGGUCACCAUACGAUCCGCCAAUGAAUCUGAGCCACCCACUCUGGACAUUUCCAUUGCAGAGACAGUCGGUCUGUUAACGACACAGCUAGAAGACGUGGCGCGACCUCAGGAUCUCACCCGCGCAACCCCUGCUCGCGUAUGGAAGCUCCUUAGGCCUCCUUCCAUCGGCUUUGAAACCUCCGAAAUCCCCGUGGAGGACGUGCCUACGUUUGAAGGAGAGAUCGUCGACUCGUCCGAGACUCUCAAGACACUCGAGGAGGCCGGGAUCAUGCACGGUGAUACCUUCGUGGUCGAAUACAAAGCUCCUACUGGGCCCUUUGUUCAACUCCAACGACAGCUUUUUCAACCGGAUGGGCGCAAAGCGGCCGUCUUCCCGCGAGCGACACCGUUUGGCAGCUUUGGUCGCAGCACCCUCCGUGCGGCGUCCCCGGCGAGGUCGAUAGAACCUGGGACUCUGGGCCUGGGGAACAUGGGGAACACCUGCUUCAUGAACUCGGCUCUGCAAUGUCUUGCGCAUCAACCGGAGCUGGUGGACUAUUUUUUAACUGGUGUAUUCCAGGACGAGCUGAACCCGGAAAACCCGCUGGGAAUGCAUGGCGCCAUUGCCGAGGCCUUCGGAGCACUGUUGCAGAAGAUCUGGGCCGGCACGGCCACGUCAUCUUCCUAUUCUCCGCGCGAUUUCAAGACACAGCUGCAACGCUUCGCUCCGCAGUUCAGUGGGUACCAGCAGCAUGACUCACAGGAACUUGUUGCCUUUCUUCUUGAUGGGUUGCACGAAGACUUGAAUCGUGUACUCAAGAAACCGUACGUCGAGAAGCCCGACUGGGAAGGGGGAGGCGAUCGGGAGUUGGUCCAGCUGGCACAGAAAUCAUGGGACGGAUACAUGCUUCGAAAUGAUAGUGUCAUCGUCGAUCUCUUCCAAGGGCAGUAUCAGAGCACUCUUGUCUGUCCCGAGUGCGAGAAAGUCUCGAUCACGUUUGAUCCUUUCAUGUAUUUGACACUGCCGUUACCGAUCCAGAAGAAGUGGAAGCAUGCGAUCCACUUCAUCCCCUGGGAUAUUUCAAAGCCCCAUCUGAAGAUCCCUGUCGAAAUCGGGCGCGAUGCAUCUUUCAAGGAUCUGAAGGUGCUUCUCGGUCGCUGGGUGGACGUUCCUGCGGACAAUCUUCUGGCGAUGGAAACCUUCUCGCACAAGUUCUAUAAAAGCUUGGAUGAUAGUCUGCCCUGUGGGGAAAUGUCCCCCAACGAUGUCAUCGUUUGCUACGAACUGCCAUGCCACGCGCAGCAGAGCAGAACGUACAAGAAGCAGCCCGGCGAUCCUUUGAUUAUCCCGGUGUACCUGAGCGACAUGAAGCCCGCUUCCCGCACUAUAUUUGGCGCUCCUCCCGUCUCGUAUGGGAACUCCAGCAAUACAUUCGGUCAUCCCAUGAUUGCCGUAAUCGACUCCCAUGACGCGACAAGCAUCGACGCCAUCUAUAACAUGCUGGUCGAUCGUCUCCGUCGAUGGACGAAGAAUGCCCGCGAUCUCCUUAGCUGGGAGGCCAAGGACCAUCCUGUAGACUCGAUUGUGGAAAUCAAGAUCGACGAAAACUCACCCGCGGUCGAGGGCGACAUCGUCGACGAGAAGAUCGAGAACGAGGAUGUCAUGAUGGAGGUCGCGACCGCGACCGAAGUCGUGCCCACAGGACCGAAGCCGGAUCUCUUCACGCUGCGGUUUCAGGAAGGAAACAAGGAGUACGGAACGUCCUCCGCGUUCGGCCGCACGGAGUCAAUCGAGGAGCGAAUGAAAGAGGCUGGGACGGAGCCGAUGUUGGUUCGAGAGGGCGACGUCCUGGUCUGCGAGUUCGACGAUCAUAUGAAGGCCUUCUACUUCGGGUCCUCUCUCCGCUUCGAGGAUGCGCUAUGGGAUUCUUGGAUGCAGUUUGUGCAUCCCGAGUUCGAAGAAUCGCAGCGCGAAAGCGAGUCGAAGAGGAGCCGGGGCAUCUCGUUGCAGGACUGCCUCGACGAGUUCACGAAACAGGAGAAAUUGGGCGAAGACGAUUUGUGGUAUUGUCCGCAGUGCAAGAAACACCAGCAGGCGAGCAAGAAAUUCGACUUAUGGAAGGUUCCGGAUGUGCUCGUUGUACAUUUGAAACGAUUCAGCAACAGUCGCGCAUUGCGGGACAAGAUUGAUGCGCUUGUCGACUUCCCUGUGCACGGGUUGGAUUUGGGCAAGAUGGUUGGCGAGCGCGCUGCUGCGGACAGGUUGAGGGAGCAGGGCGUGGAUUUGGAGGGCGUUGACAUUGACGAACCCCUGAUCUACGAUCUUUUUGGCGGACGAACACAUGGGCGGUCUCGGUGGUGGCCAUUACCGGGCUUAUGCUCUGAAUCACGCCAACAACCAGUGACGGCCAAUGCAUAUCUCCUCUUUUAUCGCCGACGAACGAGCAGGCCACUGGGCGGGAAAACGCGAUCCAAAGUUGAGGAAGCACGGUCGAAACGUCCAGCCGGUGAUUCCCUCACAACACCCGACGCCGAGACCCUCGACAUUCCAGAUGACACACACGACGAUCUGGAUAUCCCUGGUCUAACGGGUUUCCGCUCAGCUACCAACGCAUCUUCGCCUUCCUCACCACGAGACGAGCCGCCCGACCUGGAGGACGGCUUGGACAUGCCCUUCUCCGAUCCCCUGGAGCUCGCGUCUCAUCGGUUCGACCUUCCCGAUCCAUCUUCCAACAAAGCCUCGCCCGCUUCAUCCACCGAAGCCGAUGGAGACCCUGAAGAAUGGAACAGCUCUUACACCAUCCCGCCUGGCUCCCCGGGUUGGUCUCCCCCGACACGGUCGUCACCGGCAAUGACGGAAAAUCCACUGCUUUCAGAAUCAACUUAG